AUGGGGAAAGCUAUUAAAGCCGAGGGUAAUGCUACUAAAUAUGACGGUAAUACCAAGGACAUUAGGAAGUUCUCUCUUUGGAAUUUUUGGGUUUGUUCUACUGCCCUUAAACUCCUACUGAUUCCUGGUUACUUCAGCACAGACUUUGAUGUUCAUAGAAAUUGGCUGGCCAUUACGAAUAAACUGCCGAUGAAAGAUUGGUACGUUGAAGCUACAAGUCAAUGGACUUUGGAUUAUCCACCUUUCUUUGCUUAUUUUGAAUGGUUUUUAUCACAGUUUGUUCCGGGCGUUGUCAAAAAAGAUGGUUGUUUGGAUAUUGUAGAAGUUGGACAAUUUGGCAUGCCAACUAUUAUUUUCCAAAGGUUGACGGUGAUAUUCAGUGAAAUUCUGCUGUUUGUCGUUCUACAAAUAUAUAUCAACAAGAGUAAUAUCAGCGAAAAGUCGGCUAACUUCGUGAUGGCCAGCAGUAUCGUUCUCUCACCAGGGUUUUUGAUAAUCGACCACAUCCAUUUCCAGUACAAUGGUUUUCUAUUUGCCAUUCUUAUUGCUUCAAUAAUUGCUGUGAAACAUCAGAACUAUCUGUUGUGCGGUGCGUUAUUCACUACUGCCCUUUGUUUCAAGCACAUCUUCCUCUAUCUGGCGCCGAGUUUUUUUGUUCUUUUGUUAAGAGCAUAUGUUUUGGAUUUUUCAAACUUCAAAUUCAAAAGCUACAUCGAUCUCAUUAAUAUUGUAAGAUGGUCACAUCUUUUCAAACUUGCUGGAGUAGUACUCUCAAUUUUCGCCAUUUGUUUUAUGCCAUUUAUUAGCAUGAUGCCCCAGCUUUUAUCGCGGCUUUUUCCUUUCUCUAGGGGCCUUACACAUGCCUACUGGGCUCCAAACUUUUGGGCUGUUUAUUCGUUUUUGGACAAAGUUUUGACAAUUAUGAUGUUGAAACUCCCUUACGUUCAUAAAUUUAUUUCAAAUUUUAUCGCUCCGCCAUUAAUACCAUCGUCUAUCGACGAGAUAAGAGAGCGAGUCGCUCAUAACAAUGUGGGGACAAGAGGUUUGGUUCAGGAUGUAUAUUUUGUAAUCCUGCCGCAGAUCCAACCAAAGUUGACUUUCAUGCUGACGCUGUUUUAUCAAAUACUUGCCGUUAUUCCAGUUCUCUUUAAUCCUUCUUUCAAAAGAUUCAUUGGCUCGCUCACUCUUUGUGGCUUCGCUUCUUUCCUUUUUGGCUGGCAUGUACAUGAAAAGGCCAUCAUGUUGGUAAUAAUUCCAUUCUCUUUCCUCGUGACCUCGGAUCGAAGAUUGCUUACCCCUUUCCGUCUGGUUGUAGCAGCAGGAUAUGUCUCACUCUUUCCUCUCCUCCAUGAAUCUCAGGACUUUUUGAUCAAAGUACUAUACACACUGGUUUGGGGUAUCAUUUACUUCUUUGCAUUAAGACAGACAACCAAAGUCUCAUCAAGCGUUCAAAGACGUGUUUUCUUUUUCGAUCGCUUUGCGAUGGCUUACAUUGCAUUGCUUGCUCCCCUAGUUAUUACAAUCCAACUUUUAGAUGUUAUGAAAUGGAAGUACGCCUUACUUCAAAAAUUCGAAUUUGCAGGCUUGAUGGUUUACAGCAUUUACUGUGCAAUUGGUAUCCUUUCUUCCUGGAUGGGUCUUUCAUGGUUGUAUAACUUUGAUGAACCUUUAUGGUUAUAA